UCGAGUCAAAAUAUUCAAAGCGUUUUUACCGGCAAUAAUUAAGCUCGAGAUAAAAUUGGAGGUUAUAAUGGAGUUAUUACUCUGGAGAUUUUCAAAAGGCUUUGUAAUGUUCAUCGCUGAUUGUUUGCGGCAACGAGAAAGCGACAAAAUGAAGCAAUUACUGAUCAGUAGGGACGAAUACAAUUCUCCCAAUUAAAAGCAAAUAGGGCUUCUGUGGAGUGCAGUACUCAGCCAGUUGAGCUGGAUUUCAGCAGGUUUUUAAGCUGAAAAGUCCGUGCAUUUUUUGUGCCAUCGUACAUCAAGUGGAGUGCGUUUUGGGCUUGUUUUCAAGCCGUCAGUGGGAAAUUUGAUUUGUUUUUGCGCGAUUGUGUGUACAAGCUAUUUAUUUACAUGUCCUAAAGUGCAUGUGUCACUUGAGAUGACGAAUCUUAACGUUGCCCGGUCGCACUCUUCAAUGAAUAUCGAAAAUCUUACAUCGAUUCCAGUUGGAGGAAGCAUAACGCUAAUAAACUACGCUCACAGGCAGCUACCGACCGAGUACAGCCCGGCAAAAGACCGAGGUUGGGCUUGGGUGGUUUGUGCAGGAUCGUUUUUUGUUAUGUUCAUGGUAUAUGGGAUUCACACUUCGUUUGGAGUACUUCUUGUUGUGUUACUCGACCAUUUCGACGCAAACAAGGCGAGCACCGCUUGGAUUGGCUCGAUUUCCGUCAACCUUCUCUUUCUCUUCAGUCCAAUCACCAGCUCUCUCGCGGGUCGUUACGGGGUGCGCGUCGUUACAAUUGCUGGAGGACUAAUAAUGAGUGUUGGGCUCUUUCUCAGUUCCUACGCGCCAAGUAUACUCUUCUUAUACAUUAGCUAUGGUCUUCUGCUUGGAAUUGGAACCAGUCUCUGCGCGACCAUGGCCUUAAUUGUAUCUGCGGACUAUUUUGACAAACAUCUUUCUCUAGCCACUGGGAUUGUAGCUUCAGGAAGUAGCUUCGGAACUCUGGUUUUUCCACCAACGUUGCAAAUUCUGGUGGAGCGCUACGGUUGGCAAACAACUUUCCGCAUAAUGGGACUUGGAGGGAUCUUGAUGGCCAUCACAGGCCUUGUUUACAGAUCAGUGAAUCGAAAUCAUGUCCCACUUCCGGCUAAUGGAAACCAGUUCUUUGAUAUCUCGGUUCUUAAGAAUAGGGCUUUUGUUCUAUGGACUAUCGCUACAACUGUCGCUGGGUUUGGUUAUUUCAUACCUCAUUUCUUCCUGAUCCGUUAUUCUGAAGACUUGGGAGUGCCGCUGUCCCAGGGUAGUUGGCUCAUUUCCUACCUCGGGAUCUCUUCGGCUAUUGGUCGGAUGUUAUUCGGACGUGUCUCGGACGUGUGUUCUCUUAAAAACAUUCACAUCUACCGCGCUUGUAUGUUUCUGUCUGGUCUAGCCUCAGUGUUGUGUCCGCUAGGAAACACCUAUUGGGCCCUUGUGGUGUAUGUAGUGGUGCUGGGUUUCCUAGAUGGCUCCUAUAUAGGGCUCAUGUCCAUUGUGACCCUGGACAUAGUGGGCGUACAUAAAAUUGCCCCAGCCUGGGGGAUCCUGUUUUUCUGUCAGUCGUUUACAUAUUUACUUGGGCCUCCAGCAGCAGGUUUUAUGUACGAUGAUCUCAAAACGUUUAAGCCUGUGUUUUACUUAGCCGCUGGACCAAUGAUUUGCGGCGCGUUCAUAUUAUUUUUUGCUGCCCUGUGUAAGUCAACUCAGGUCUCUCUCGGCCGGCAAGACGUCACCAGCCUUGUGUCGUCCCCCAAGCACUGCAACGGAGUGAAUUCGAGUUAUCAGGGAUGUCCCACUCCUCCACCUACGAUUGUUUUAACCGGGCCUAAAGAAAGAGAAUCUUUGAUUAUCGUGGAAAGAUUAACGGUAAUAUGACUUAUCAACGGAAUUCGCCGAGGCUCUCAACACCGUGAAAUGACUGGUUUCAAAAGUGCGCAUGCGUUACAGCAGUUUCUAAGUUACCAAUCAGAGCAAUCUCGUUCCCUGAGUCUGCGUUACCGCUGAACAAGGGUAACGCAGGCUCUGGGAACGAGAUUACCAAUCAGAGUUAAUCAUUACGGCUGGAAAUAGCCUUGUUGACCAAUCUGAGAGAACACAGGGCAAGCGAGGGCGCGACAAGCUUUGCUUUUUGAAUUUGAUUGGUUGAUAAACGUGAUCUUCUUUAAUCUUUAAUGUUUAAUAAAAAUUCCAAAUUACCUUACACUGAACAAGUCAAUCCAAUGAAUUUGAGGACAGUAUAAAACAGAAUACAAGAUUCCUUAAUGUAAGCCGCCUUAGUGUAUCAUUGUAUGAUUGGAUACCUAGUUAGUUGUAUAUUCUCUCUGAUUAGUAUUAUUUUAUGAAAUAAAGUUUUGUUCCCCUUUGUAUUUUGUGUCAUCUUGAUUUUAUAAACGAAAUUUGCUUAUUGAGUAAGGAAGGAUCAAAGGUUUCGUGAAAACGUUUCGUGAGACUCAA